UGGUUUGAAAAGGUGAGAAUAUGGUAUGCUCGCCAAUUAGACUAACAGAGAAAUAGUUUAUGACUGUAAUAUUUAAUUCACUGAGUCCAAAUUUAGAUUGCUAUUAAUUAUUUUAUUGCUACGAAUAACCUCUUUGCAUGCCUAAAGGCCUUCUAUUUAUAGAGUGAAGCUAAGGUUGUCUAGUUUAUUUUAAGGAUAAGAAAUUAGAAUAACAUUAACUCUCACAAAACUUCACAUGUUUAAAAGCAAUGAACACUUGAUACACUUCUUUCCAAGGAAGGAUGCAACUUCCAUGAUUAGCAAGUAGUUAAUAUUUUUUCCAAUGAAAAAACAGUAAUUUAGAGAGCAACAUCAAGAAGUAAUAUCUAGUUUUUCAGUCAUGAAUGUAAAAAAAAAAAUGAGAAAAAUAUCAGGCUACUCGAAAUGUUGUUUAAGGAAAAUAUUCUUGGUAAUACAAAAAGUAAAACUCCUUUAGAGUAAGCAUUUGCAGUUGUUUCCAGUGAUCUAGUGUAUGGGUCUAACAAUUGAUAAACAGACAAUGGAAGAAAAUUUUGCUGCUACUUAGCCUUUUCAUUGCCAUGUAGCGUAGCAGGGAUGUCUCUGCUGCUGCUCAGUGUACCAGCCAUGCUGUUAUGUUCCCCUGUGAUCCAUGGAGAACAUCCACACUUCAGUCAGACCGUGUCACCUCAGCACAGUGUAUUAUCAGCAGUGAUAUAGCAAAUCAGGCUCUCAAAGAGCGUAUAGACCCCUGACAAUGUGCCCAGCACUCGUGCUGUGCUGUUUGACUUUCACUCUACCCUGUCACAGUCACUUGCUGCCUUACUGACUUUCUCAUUUUAUAAUAUGUUUGUGGGAUAAGAUAAUUUGAAAACAGUACACACAACUAUUCUGAAACACUGCUCGUCUGAGACCUUACUGGUUAAAUCUGUGUUCAAGAAGAUCUUCGUGUUGCCUGUGACAUAAUCAGUCAGGGGGGUAUAGCAAAGCAGGAGAUAGCUGCCACAUGGGUAUGGAAAUUAUAUGACCAGAGAAAAGUUUCUGUGAUGGCCUCUAAACUAAUUUAUUCCUCUUACCUUUUGGAGAGAAAGGGGUGAUAGAAAGGCAACACAUUUUUUCUGAAAAUAAAUAGAUUUUAUCACUAGACAACUAUAAUGCUCAGUGCUCCUAACUGUUCUUGGAAUCACGGAUGUUGGAGGGUAUUGAUCAUCUCACAGGACUAAACCAUAUGUGAACAGUAUUAUAGGGAUACUGUAAUAUACUAAACCAGACUUAUUUUCAGAGAGUUUGCAAUGUGAGGCUCUGAUGUAAGGCCUGUAUAAGUCUUCAGGGGCCUUUUUGCUUCAGGCUCUAGGGUAAAUAUGUUACAAUUUUUUCCUUAAUAAAUUAUCUUAUUAAUAAUAACCGUUAUCUUUAUAAUAAAUUAACUGUUCGUUUUCAUUAGGAGCACCUCUUAGCUGCCAGUGAAAUGUUAAUGAAUUCUAAAAUGUACUUUCCUUUUAGUUGAUGGGAGGCUGAGGUUGUAGGUAUGUUUAUUGAGAUAUACUUCUAAAACUGCUAGUCCAAGAGAGAUUUUAUCUUUGCUGUCUAAAGGGUUUGUGAGUCUUCAGAACAGUGUGUAUUUGUGGAUUAAAUGAUGGAAGCUUUCAAGUAUCAUCACAAUUAGAAAAGUGCUUAUGAAAAUGAGAGGAUAAAUACAUAAAAAACCCUUGACUCAGAAUUCUCCUGCCUGUCAAUAGAGCGCAUAGCCCAUGAGAGAUGAGGGAGAGCGGUGUAUGUAUGUCCACACUGUGAUGGCCAGUUCAUCAGUCUAACUUACAUGUUAAAUCUUUUGGACUGUUGUGCUGCAGCCUUGAUUAGAGACACAAUAGGAAGGAAAAGAGAACCUUUCAGAAAAGCAUUGUCUCUUAUGAAUAAUAUAAAUCUCUGUUCUUCUAAGUCCCAAAUGAAAAUGUUUCUGUGAACAUCCCUUUAUUCAUGGACUCCUUUUUUUUGUGUGUUCAGAGAUGACACUCAAGACCAAAGUUGUAUAUUUUUUCCUUCAGAGAAAAUGGGAUUGAAGUGCACUUUUUUUUCUACUUUCCUUCAGAUUUCCUUCCUUGCAGUUAAAAAUCAGACCAUGGUUCCAGUACAUAUUGAAAGCGGUGGGAAACCGUAUUAUGUGGGAAUCGGAAUCCAAGAGUUUCUGAGUCAAUCUGACUGUCAAGUGUUUGAGCUUCAAGAACCUGUGAACCUGACAUGUGCUUUGGAGGAAACUGAUCAUAGAGGGUGGUUUCCACUGCACAAGGCUGCAGCUUGGCCAAUUCCACAGAUACUUGCAGUCAUUUUAGAUGCCUCUUAUGAAACAAUGUUGGAAUACAAAACAUGCAAUGGAGAAACAGCAUUAGGCUUGACAGCAAAAGCUGGCUUUGUGGAAAAUGUGUGAAUGUUACUGGAAAACAGUGUUUAUCCCAAUACCUCAAAUUACAAAGGAGAAACUCCACUUCUUAUUGGUAAUUGCCUCCUCUCUCUGGGUUUAAGCAACGUGAAUGGCAGCACUUCCUCUCUGUUACGUACUCAUCCCAGUACUCCCCUUGGCUUGCAUGGUUUAGAUGCUGCUACAAAUCACUUUGGAUAUAGGUUCUGUAUCCUCCUUCAGUGUGGAGAUGUCCAGGCCUUAGCAGAUGAUCAUGCAUCAGUACUGUUUAAAGUAGCUGGAGGAGGUAAUCCAGACUGCAUAGCCCUUCUUUUGGAAUAUGGAGGAAGGGGUAAUGUGCAUAAUGAGGCCAGACUGCUUCCCAUACACAAAGUGUCUAUCGUUGUUCCUUGAUUGAAACAUUUAGCAGAAAAAGUGGUUUGUGUUUUUAUAGAUUGCAUGGAUUAUGUUCCUUCAUGCAUAAGAAUGAAGUUUUUUCUAGAAACAGAGGAAGAAGGGACAGAGAUACAUCAGAUUUUAGAUAAUCCUUUCUUUUUGGAACAUCUGUGUCGUCUGAAAAUAUGUAAAGUCAUGGGGUUAAAGAGACCCCAGAAACUGUCAUCCAUGAAGAAAUUUCCACUUCUACCAGUUCUCAAGAACUUAAUUCUAUAUAAAAAAUAUGAUCUGUAUGGAAAAUGGAUGUAUUUAGAAUAGUUUUUAAAAAUAACUGUAUACAGUCUGUAAUUUGACUAAUUUCUUCAUUUUUUUUAUGAACUGAAGAACUGUUUGAUGUUUCAUAUACCUU